AUGAAUGAGAAAAAGAAAUCUGUGUUUUUUGACAAAAGGGAUGAAAAUUACAUUCAUUUAACUUCGCCAAUUUACUUUUUAGAGAUGUUUACAAAAAAGAAAAUAAAGUGUGAUGUUAUUAUACCUCAGACUAUAAUUUUUUCAAAAGGUACAGCGACAUUAUGGUUAUUCAAUUCAAAGACAUCCCUUACUCCACUUAUAUUAAAAAAGAAUUCAAAUAAAUUGAAUUUUGUAGAAAUAUGUAGAGUCUUAUGCAGAGUAAAGCAAAAUGAAGAUUUUCGAAUUGAUACCUUAACAACUCUAUUAGACAUCAUCAAGGCUGGCAAGAAUGAAAUAAGUGCGUUUGCAAGAAUUAGUAAAGCAAAAAAAGCAAUUACAAAAGUUGAUUUGGUGAAAAUGUUUUUAGAUGGAAAUGUUAGUGGUUUAUAAAUAUUGCAAGAGCAUUUAGAGAAUUAUUCAAAAGCAGAUGAAUUAUUUUACGUCGAAUACAGACAAGAUGUUAUUAAUUUGCCUGUCAGUUAUAGAUUUUUUAAAAAGUCAACCUAGAAAUAAGUAAUAUUGUAGCCUUUGCAAAAGAAAUUGUCAUAAUUGCACAUAUAAUAAUAAACAUAGCAUUCAGACAGUUAUGAUGAAAGUAAUAAAAAUGAUUAAGUUGAGUAUGUGGAUUGCAUGUUUAAAUUCUUUGAUAAUUAAAUGAAUUAAACAUUAUCCAAAAUUGUCAAAAAGAUAGUUGAUUUUUUAGAAAAAGCCUAUAAAGUGAGAGUUAAGAAAUUGGUUGCUAAAUUUAUGCAAAAUGAUUAACAGAUGAUAUAUUUUCUAGGUUUGAAGGAGUUGUUAGUUGAUUUUCAGGAAAAUGCUCCUUAUGAAAUCUAAAGCAUGAAGAACGAAUUGAAGGACAAUAGUUCUUUUGAAAAUUUCUUGAUCCUAAUAAAAAUGUUUACGAGAUUAAGAGAUAAAAAACCAAUGAAGAUACCUUAAACUAUCUAUGAAGAUGAUAAAGAAAUCAGUCAAAAAUUAUAUAAGAAUCUCAUAGUAUAAAGAUGCGUUGGUGAUUUUUGUGAUUACAUAAUGGAAGAGAAGAAUAGAGGUCCACUCUAAAUACGUAAGAAUAUUGUUACAGAUUACAAGAAAUAUUUUGGAAACAAAAAGAUGAAUGAAGAGAAGUUUUCAGUGACUCUGCCACAUGAGAUCUCUUUUUAAUUGAUACUUAGAACAAGGGAAUGUUCACAAGAAGUGAUAGAGGUGCUAAUGAAAAAUAAGAUAUUCACGAGAAACUCAAAGCAUCAUUUUUAAGAGUUUGAUAAAAUUAAUACUGAUGAAGAAUAUCCAUUUAAAUUCAACAAAACUGAAGUGUAUAAUCUACCAAAUCUCUAUAAAACUGUUAAAAUAUGUAAAAAUUGUUUUGUUGUUUACUCUUUGGCUAGCAAGUAUUUUGAUCAGAGAUUAUCUAAUGAUUUACAAUAAAAAUAAUGGAUUAAAAGGGAUUCAUCCUCCUUAGCCUAAUAAAAAACAAGUUUGAAUGCAUCGAAUUAAUAAUUAUCAUAAUUAGAGAGAUCUAACAUAAAGAGAAAUGAUUCAAGAAUUAGAUAAGACUAAAAUUAAUCAUUAUAAAAAAUAAAAACUCAAGCUUCUUAAAACAAUGCAGAAAAAGACUAAAGUGAAAACAGAGUUAGAAAAAUAUAGAGUGCUAAACAAUUCAGAGUGAUACAAUCUGCUCACUCAUAGGCUCCAAAAACAUUUAAAUUAUUCAUGCCUAGCUAAUAACCUCAAUUGGAAAACACAAAACGAAAUUCUUCAAGUUCUAAAACCAACAAUAUUGACAUCAACAGAUUAACUAUGGGCUUUCUUAAUUACACUAAGCCUCCAAAACCGAAUAAGAUUUAAUCUGCAAAAUAACAAUCUGGUAGACUUCAAUCUUAAAGAAGCUAAAUGGAAUCUUAACACUUAAAGAGAUCAGAUAGUUAAUCAGAUUAAUUUUAGAGAAAUAGAAUCAAUAAAAGUUAGAGAUAGUUGAAUUCAAAUAGAUAAUCCUUCUUUUAGGGUAAGCUAAGAGUGAUUGAAGUCCCAUAAACUCAAUAUAGUUUAUUAGAUGUUUGCCAACUCUAUGAUUUAGAAUAUCCCCCUGAAAGUGUUCCGGAUAUAUUUUUGGAGUCUGUCAAUUACUUUUGCUUUGAAUAAUGUGCCAUCCCAUAUUUAAUAUUAUAACACUAGGAAGAAGAUUAAGAAUUUAAUAAAGACAAUUAAAGUGGAUUAGAUCUAACUGAGAAAGAGCAUCAAAUAGUGAUAUUUUUAGGAGAUUUCUUUGAUAAUUCAUUUGAAUAUCUAGACAUUAUGUAAUAGAAUAUUAAACCUAAUACAACUAUUUUAUUGAUGAAUUUACCAGGGUAGUCCUAUACAGUGUUCGAUCCAAACAUAAUUCAAGACAAUUUAGAUAUUUCUUUAUUGUUGGAUUCACUACUGUUUGAACUAUGUCAGAAGGAUAUAAUUAAAAAUAACGACAUCUAUAAAUUCAUAGGAUAUGGAUAUGGUGGAUUCUAAGUACUAAGUUACAUGGCACAUGUAUAGAGCAAUCUUCCUAGAAUUGGAGGGCUAUUAAUAAUCAAUGCGUUUUGCGAAAUAGAUGAUAUGUUGACAGAUACGUUGAAGAAAUCUAAGGAAGUAUUUUAAACUUGCCCAAAUGAUAUGCCUGAAUUGGGAUUCCACUUCUGGAAUUCCCUCAUAUAAUCUCAUGAAGAAAAGUAAGAUCCACGAUAUAACCCCAUCUCUUUGAAUGGAAGAUUACACAUAAUAAACGGUUUAAUUAAGUCAUAAAAUGUUUGGAAUUCCUGCGGUUAAGAAAUCCCCAUUAAGCUUUAUCACGGCCUUAAGAAUUGUGUUGUCAAUAUAAAGCAAGCUCAUCUAAUUAAAAAUAGUUCUUCUUCAAGUAACUCUUGUGAAAUGAAUUUAAUUAAUUUUGGGCACAAACUUUAAAAUUUAGAAGAAUUGUUAUUUGAAUUCCUCUGA